CUUAUGUUAUUUACGCUGCUUAGCGUUAGGACGAGUCUUAGUGGGCUACUAUAAAGUUACAGGCUUGGGGGGUUUACCCCCAUUGUAGUUCCCCCUUGGAGUGUGCUUUGACCCGCAGCUCCGACUGGGACAAAAGCCUCCACAACUUCAAAGAGGCAACAGAGAGAGAGAGAGCGCUGGCUGCGUUUUAUGCGGAAUGGACGGGCUGUUGUGUAGGCUGGCUGGCGCUGGCUCGCUCCGUGCAUAAUCAAUAAAUAUCUAGGGAUAUAUCGUAAGCCUACUACUUAUGAGGGGGCGGGGGCUUGCGCUAAUAAUUUGUGAUGCUGAAAUAUGAGCGCUGGCUGCUCCGAGGCAGAUGAAUAAGCAACGAAUGGAGGAGCACUGCCUGUUGAGUUGAAGUUGGACUCUAAAGAAGAGAGAAAAAAUCGAGUUGCUCGCAACGGGAUUUCUGUAAGAGGGAUCAAAUUUGAUCCCUGUGCACCGAAUGCAGGCAAAAGCGGCGCGCCUUCUGUGUUGUGCAUUUCAAUGGAUAGCCUACGUCUAAUUGAGAAGUGCUGCCGCAAACUUUGAGGAAUAUUUGAAUUGCGGGAAAGUCUCUACCUUACCAUUAUAACCUUACGCCGGAGACCGUGCGUUGGAGGUCUUUUGAUGUCUUCGGAUGACUAAACAGCAAACAUGAGGAUUUGGAACGCUUUUGAAUAUCCGUGCGCUCUCACCUGGAUUAGUUUCCUUACUGUAGCAAGGAUCUCUAGUGCACAGGACAGACAGGGUUACCUGGUGGCGGCCCCGUCUGUGUUCCGUGCGGGGGUGGAGGAGUCCGUGAGUGUCACUCUCUUCAACGCGGCCGAGGAGACACGUGUCCAGGUGCAGCUGACUGUCAAGGGAGAGACCGUCGCUCACAGCCAUGGAAACGUACUAGAUAAAGGAACCAUCAAACUAAAGGUGCCCACAGGUCUGCGAGGCCAGGCCCAGUUGGCGGUGUGGGGUAAUCGUCACCUGACGGAGGGGGGCUACAUCUUCCACAACUCCACCACCGUCACCGUGGACAGCAAGGGCACGGCCGUCUUCAUCCAGACUGACAAGCCCAUCUACAAGCCCAAGCAGAGAGUGCUCAUCAAUGUUUACUCAGUGACACCCGACCUGAAACCAGCUAAUAACAAGAUUGCGGCAUAUGUUGUGGAUCCACGCGGCUCCAGGAUGAUGCAGUGGAAUGAACUCCAGCCUCACUGCUGCGGCAUUGUCAACAUGAGUUUCCCCCUAUCUGACCAGCCAGUGUUUGGAGAGUGGCUGGUGUUCGUGGAGCAGCAGGGCCACACCUAUAACAAGUCUUUUGAGGUGCACAAGUAUGUUACCCCCAAGUUUGAGUUGGUUCUGGAGCCGCCACGCUAUAUCCGGGACCUCAACCUCUGUGAACAGGUGACGGUCAAAGCCAGGUACACGUUUGGGAAGCCGGUGACGGGGAAGAUGAUUGUCAACAUGACAGUAAACGGCGUGGGCUACUACCGCCAUGACGUGGGGCACCCGGUGGUUAAGACCAUGGACAUCCGCGGCAUGGCCACCUUCCCCCUGUGUGUGAAGGAGAUGAUGCCUCUGGACGUGGCGGAUCACUUCCGGGGCACGGUGAGCAUGUGGGUGUCCGUCAGCAGCGUGGACGGCAGUCAGCAGACCAUGCUGGACGACUCCACCCCCGUUCACAAGCAGCUCAUCGACGUCAAGUACUCCAAGGACACCCGCAAGCAGUUCAAACCUGGCCUCCCAUACAAGGGCAAGAUUGAAGUGACGUACCCAGACGGCAGCCCUGCGGACGGCGUGCGCGUGCGUGUGAAGGCGGAGCUGACUCCCAAGGACAACGUCUUCACCAGCGAGCUGCUCUCCCACGCCGGACAGGCCUCCUUCGAGAUCCCCUCCAUCCCCACCGCUGCACAGUACGUCUGGCUCGAGACUAAGGUGAUGUCCAUAGAUGGGCGGGCGGCCAGUGACCAGUACCUGCCGAGCUACCUGUCCAUCAGCAGCUGGUACUCCCCCAGCAAGUGCCACAUCCAGCUGCAGAGCCCUGGACAACCCCUACAGAUUGGAGAGGAGGCGCUGAUACAGCUGAAGUCUACCUGUGGGUGUAACUUCACCCUUCACUAUGAGGUGGCCUCUCGUGGCAACAUCGUGCAGUCGGGACUACAGCAUCCUGAGCCCGACCAGCAUCCUGCUCCCCUUCCCGACCCCCACCCCUCAGACCCUCACCCCGAUCCCAGCAGCCCCCGACAGAGGAGGUCCGCAGUCACCUUUGACAAGAACAUCCACACCACACAGACUCCCUCCGAUACAGAGGAGUUGCCCCUCCCCCAGGCUGAGAUUGACAGCUGUGUGAUGAGCGUGAGGCUGGCUGUUACCGAGGCGAUGGCCCCUCUGAGUCGUCUGCUGGUGUACUACGUGCGGGAGAGCGGAGAGGGCGUCACCGACAGCCUGCAGCUCCCUGUGCAACCCAGCUUCGAGAAUAAGGUCUCAGUCACUCUCUCCUCCAACGAGUCCAUGCCAGGCGACCCCAUCAGCCUGAGGGUCAGAGGUCAACGAGGGUCAUGUGUGUGUGUGGCGGCCGUGGACAAGAGCAUGUACCUCCUCAAGCCAGGCUUCCAACUCAGCCCCGACAAGGUGUUCAAAGAGCUGGCCGACUUUGACGUGUCAGAUGCCUUCGGGGUCCCAAAGGAUGACGGACACUUCUGGUGGCCAGGCCUGUCGUCAAGGAGACGCAGGUCAUCAGUGUUUCCAUGGCACUGGGACAUCACCAAAGACGCACGCUUUGCCUUUACGGAGACGGGUCUGGUGGUGAUGACGGACCUGGUUCAGUUGAACCACAGGCAGAGGGAGGGCAUGUACACAGACGAGGCAGUGCCAGCCUUCCAACCACACACCUCCACACAGGCGGCCCUGCACACACGACCGGGACCCAGAGCAGAGAAGCGCAGGCGAACCUUCUUCCCGGAGACGUGGGUGUGGCACUGUCUCAACGUCAGUGAUGUCACAGGGGAAGCUGAGCUCCAAUUGGUCGUCCCGGAUUCCAUCACCACCUGGGUGACGGAGGCGAUUGGUCUGUCGGAGGAGAGUGGGCUGGGCAUGGCUCCCAGGGCGGAGCUGCGGACCUUUAAGCCCUUCUUCGUGGACUUCACGCUGCCCUACAGCGUCAUCCGGGGGGAGCAGACCAAAGUACCCCUCACCGUCUACAACUACCUGCCCACCUGUGCUGAGGUCCAUGUGAAGGUGUCAGUGCCUAAGGGCAUUCGUUUUGUGGGCCACCCUGGUAAACAUCACCUGACCAGGAAGAAGUGCGUCUCCCCCGGAGAGGCCACGCCCACUUUCAUAGUGCUGUCCUUUGUGGAGCUGGGAGCCGCAAACAUCACAGCGCGUGCGGUGGCGUAUAGUGAGCCGGGCUGCUGUCAUGAUGGUCUGCAGUCCUCUAAGGCGGGACACACGCGCGCCGCUGAGGAGCUGGAGGACCGCAGAGCCCCCGCCGGGAGCGACUACAUACGGCGCAGCGUCCUUGUGGAGCCAGAGGGGCUUCCUCGAGAGUACACCUACAGCGUCUUCUUUUGCCCCAAUGAGCGCAUCCACAUCUCCACGCCCAACAAGUACGAGUACCAGUACGUCAAGCGUCCGGCGCGCAUCACCCACUUCCAGGUGGCCGUGAAGACCCACAACGACGCCCACAUCGCCCUGUCGGCCAGCCCGCACGACAGCGCCCAGAUGCUGGAGAUCGUGCUGGGCGGGCGGCAGAACACCCGCUCCUGGAUCUCCCUGGGCAAGAUGGGCGAGCCGGUGGCCAGCAGCCCCACGCCGGGCAUCCUCUCCUGGGACGAGUUCCGCAGCUUCUGGGUCAGCUGGAAGGGUGGCAUGGUGCAGGUGGGCCACGGCUCUCAGCCCUCCAAUGACUCGGUCAUCGUGCAGUGGGUCGGGCCUCUGCCGGGCCCGGUGCGCCACAUUGGGUUCUCCACCGGCUGGGGUUCUGUCGGCGAGUUCAAGAUCUGGCGGAAAGAGGAAUCGGACGAGAACCACAACGAGGCCUUCACGCUGGGGGUGCCACACAACGUGGUCGCCGGGUCAGAGAGAGCCACCGCCUCCAUGAUCGGAGAUGUGAUGGGCCCUACCCUGAACAACCUGGACCGGCUCCUGCGACUGCCGUUUGGCUGCGGAGAACAGAACAUGAUCCACUUCGCCCCCAACGUCUUCGUGCUGCGCUACCUGCAGAAGACACGACAGCUCAGCAGCGAGGUCGAGACCGAGGCCACCGACUACCUACUGCAAGGUUAUCAGAGGCAGCUGACCUAUAAGCGUCAGGACGGCUCCUACAGCGCCUUCGGGGAGAGAGACUCCUCUGGCAGCAUGUGGCUGACAGCCUUUGUGUUGAAGUCUUUCGCCCAGUCGAGGGGCUUCAUCUUCAUCGAUCCAGAGGAGCUGCGGGCCGCCAAGUCCUGGCUCAUCACCCACCAGAAGGAGGAGGGCUCCUUCCCCGCCAUGGGCCGCAUCCUCAACAAGGACCUGCAGGGUGGAAUCCAUGGGAAGAUCUCCCUUACGGCCUAUGUGGUGGCUGCUCUCCUGGAGACCGGAAUCGACACAGAGGAGGAGAAGUUAGCAGUGUCCCGGGCGAAGGCGUUUUUGGAGAGCAACACGUACUCUGCUGAUGACCCGUACACCACGGCCCUGCUGGCCUAUGCCCUCGCCCUGCUCAGGAGCCCCUACGCACCUCUGGCACUCCGAAGACUCAACCACAUGGCCAUCACACAGGAUGGCUUCACCCACUGGAGUCUGACGGGCAGCACUGUGACUGAUGAGGACACCUUCAUGGGCUUCAACGAUGGACUCUCUCAGUCAGUGGUGUCUGCGGAGGUGGAGAUGACCGCGUACGGCCUCCUGACCUACACCCUGCUGGGGGACGUGGCAUCUGCCCUGCCCGUCGUCAAGUGGCUCUCACAGCAACGCAACGCACUGGGAGGAUUCUCCUCCACUCAGGACACGUGUGUGGCGUUGCAGGCUCUGUCUGAGUACGCCAUCUUGUCCUAUGUGGGCGGAGUCAACUUGACCAUCUCGCUGGCCUCCACCAAUCUGGACUUCCAGGAGACCUUCGAGCUGCAGUGGGACAACAAGAAGAUAUUGCAGAGCGCUACGAUCCCCAGUAUCCCCACAGGCCUGUUUGUGAGUGCCAAAGGUGAAGGUUGCUGUCUCAUGCAGAUCGACGUGUCCUAUAACGUGCCAGACCCCGUGUCCAAGCCGGCCUUCCAGCUGAGUGUGGACCUGAAGGAGCCCCGUCGUGAGCGUCACCCCCCGCCCUCCCCUCGCCACCCUCCCUCGGCCCCCUCCUCCGCCUCUGCACGGGCUCGAUCCCGCGCCGACAACCGCUCAGAGCUGAGCCGCAAGCGGCGCGCGCCCAGCGAUGACGAGGACCCAGCGGGUCACCAGGACCACCUGGACUACCGAGUCACCCUGGAGGCCUGCGCCAGGUGGUUACACUCUGGUUCAUCCAACAUGGCCGUCCUGGAGGUUCCUCUGCUCUCAGGGUUCCGUGCUGAUGUCGAAAGCUUGGAGAGGCUGUUGAUGGACAAGCGUGUGGGCCUGAAGCGCUACGAGGUGGACGGGAGGAAGGUUCUCUUCUACUUUGACGAGAUCCCCAGCCAGUGCCUGACGUGUGUGGCCUUCCAGGCCGUUCGGGAGUACAUCGUGGGCAAGACCGCACCUGUGCCCGUCAAGGUGUACGACUACUAUGAGCCAGCGUUUGAGGCGACCCGCUUCUACAAUGUGAGUGAGAGCAGCCCUCUGGCACGGGAGCUGUGUGAUGGGCCCACCUGCAAUGAGGUGGAGAGCUCCAGCAACCAGUGGACAGCAGGCUUUGCUCAGGGCGGCUCGUGCAACAGUGUGAUGGGCUGUCUGGAGGAGGAGCGGUUCGAGCGCUGCACCUGUUACCGGGACUGCGGCUACGACGGGGAGCCCGUGUGCGGCUCGGACGGGCAGCUCUACCAGAACCAGUGCCAGCUGGAAGUGGCCGCCUGCCGAAACAACACACGAAUAGAGCAGGUCCCGCUCAGCCAGUGCCCACACAUGGGGUCUGCUGGAGAUGAGCAAGAUUCAGCUACAGGACAAGCAGCUGAACAAGAACAAAUUCUCAUCCACACAGGUCGUGAGGAGCAGGGUCCACUGUCGGAGGUGUCCUACUACUCCUACGAGUACGAUGCUGACCCCGAUGUAUUUCCUGCCGAGGCCGACGCCCAUUUCCUGCCCCCCGCAGAGACGCAGACCGCCAUGGCCAGCCAGACGCUCUCAGUGGACACAAAAGACUCGCCCGAGCGAUGAAACAUCUACCAGGAAGUUGCCAUCCUGAGUUCCUGUUCUUGUAUAUGUCUGUGAAUAUGAUAGCGAGAGAGCGGGUUGGGACUGGAAAGAGAACGGAAGAAAGAGAAGGAGAGAGAGAGACCAAUGAUGGAGUAGUUCAUGUGUGUGGUAACAGGCUGUGUAUGUGUGUGUGUGUGUGUGUGUGUGUGUGUGUGUGUGUGUGUGUGUGUGUGUGUGUGCGUGUGCGUGCGUGCGUGCGUGCGUGCGUGCGUGCGUGCGUGCGUGCGCGUGUGUGUGCGCUUGCGUGUGUGUGUGUGUGCGUGUUCGUGUGUGUGCAUGUUUGUGUGUUUGAAGACUACCCAGCAUCCUCUCUGUCUCUCCCUCUCAUCCUCCAUCCUGUAUCCAAGACCUCUGCCUCUCUGGUAGAACCAAUAGCCUACUGCCAUAGCUACCCAUAGCUAGCCUCCACUGUAAUCUUCCUGUAAUCUAGAUCAAAAUAAUCACGUAUUUAUGUUUGUAAUUAUACCUGAGUUAAACACGUUUUGUUGUUUGUUUGUUCAUUUGUUUUUUUUCUAUCUGUGGUAUUUAUUUAUAGCUAGACGCUUGUGUGUAUUUUUUGGUUUUUCCUUACCUUACUUUGUCUUUUGUUUUGUUUUUGUUUUAUUGUGCAUUGCCACUCUUGUGUCUUAAUUUAAUUUGUUUGAGUCCAAGCCCCCAGCCCCUACCCCCACCCCCACCCACCCAGUGCAGGCCCUUUGUUGUUAAAGGCUGUUUGGAUGAUGUGUGUACACCCUAAGCUCCUUACAUCACAGUUGACCCUCUUUUGUCACCCUUGACCCGAGACCUUUGAACCCACACUCAGUGCAAGGUUAACUCCCUCGUGGCACAGCACUGAAUCGUUUUGCUCCGUGAUGGGCAAGUUAAGCUGACAAGACACAGGAAGAUAAGCUCAAGCGAAGCAGGAAGCGUUUGACACCCCACCCCCACCACCACCACCACCCCACCCC